UAUGUGGAAAGGAAAAGAGCAUGAGUAUAAAAAUAUUCUUGGACUAUUAAAAAGCAUAGAUCUCUCAAGCAAUAAUUUAACUGGGCGGAUUCCAGGAGAGGUUGUGGAGCUUGUUGGAUUGGUUUCCUUAAAUCUCUCAAGAAACCGUUUAACUGGACAAAUCACUUCAGAGAUUGGUAUGUUACAAUCAUUAGAUGCCUUGGAUCUAUCUAAGAACCAGCUUUCCAGUGGAAUUCCUUCAAGCCUUUCUCAUAUUGAUCGUCUAAGUGUCUUGGACUUGUCAAACAACAAUUUGUCCGGAAAAAUUCCAACAGGCCCUCAACUUGAUACCUUUAAUGCAUCCUCAUAUGAGGGAAAUCCAAAUCUUUGUGGAGCCCCACUUCCAAAGAAAUGUUCAGGGGAAGAAAUAGCUCAAAAUCCAGCUAUGAACGGGAGCAGAGAACAUGCUGGCAUGCAAGAUGAGAAAGAAGGGUUCAUAUCCAUGGGAUUUUAUGUUAGUGUGGCCCUCGGAUUUAUUGCAGGUUUCUGGGGAGUUGUUGGCACAUUAGUACUGAAUAUGUCACUCCGAGUCGCAUUUUUCAGGUUCUUGAACGAUUUCAAAGAUAGGCUAUAUGUGGCAAUAUCAGUGAAUAUGGCCAGAGUUCAGAGGCAGCUUCAAAACUAACUGAGAUAUCACAACUACCGAGCCAUGAGGAUGGAGAAUUGGAGUAAAGGAUGACACACUGCAAUAGAUUGGAUCAGAUUGAGUUUCAAUGCAGCAGCAGAUGAGGAUAAAUAAGUGGCACUGUAUUAGGAGUAAAAGAUCAGAUUGUAUUAUCUUUCAAUUUGAAUUUAAUUAUAACUGAUGGAUUAUUUCAGUCUUAUUUAUGUACUUAGAAUGGAAGAGGGAAUAAAGCAGAACUGAAACCAAAAAGGUCUCUUUCUCUCA